UUUCAAUUGUCAAAAUAUUACGUUGCUGGUUGUAUUGCUUUCAGCAUCUAUUUUUCCUGAAUCACCGCAAGUUGAACGUAGUGCGCUCCAACAGUUCCAGACUCGAGUAGUAGGAUUUUGAAAAUUUUUCUGAAGACAAGCAGGUGGUUCUUGAAGUAUCUUCUACCAUUGUUUCUUGGACAGCUUUCUUACCCGCUCAGUAGACCACAACGAAUCUCCUCCUCUACCCGCUAGACACGAUAUUCCAUCUUCUUGAACCAGCCUUGUGUAUUUCACUCGAAAAGAACGGCUGACCUGAUGUUGCACAAGUCCUUCAGCACGCGAGCAGCUCGGCUUUGCCUGCCCUUCCUGGAGUCAGCGCUGGCUAGUCGCAGAGAUCAGGCUGAUGUCGUUGCAUCGGCUGGCUCCGCCUUCACGGAAGGAAGGGCUACCGGCGAUGAACUGGAAGAUGAUGUGAGCGGUCUUCCAGGACGAGAACAAGAAGCAACUACAACGGAACAAGAUCUUCGAGAAGAUCUUCCCAGUACCACCUUCCUCCUCCGCGGCCGCCGGGACAGCAGCACGCGGGCGUCACGCGUGCACCGCAGCAGUCUCGCUCUUUCUGAAGAUGAUCUAGUACUUCCUCGGGGUGGUCAGGUAGGGGAGGAUAUGAUGGUCCCCCUCGAGGGCCGCGGGACAACCUUAGUCGUACAAGCAGACGAAGAUUCAUCAACAUCCGUGUCGGCUCUACCAGGGCAGCUGGGUGGAAGUUCCUUUCUACAACAGAAACAACGGAAAGAAGGCAGUUUUUCUUGCGGAUCGGACGACGAGACGGAUGCAAAAACUUCUGCGUCCUCCGGCACACAAGCAGGGCAGGAGGAAUUGUCCUUUGGGCCCGACGACGAGGGGCAAGAACUCCUCGGUGCGCCCGAAGGACCUCCCUCGUCCGACGACUAUCGCAUCUUCUCCCAGUACCUCGUGGAGAAGGGCCGCUGCGUGGGAAACUACGCCAUCGCCUCGGACUGGUUCGCCGAGGCGUCCGAGCUGCACUGUGCGAAACGUUGCUCCGAACACGAAUUGUGCUACGGCUACGAGGCGGAAAAUGUACCGCAGGGGAUCGAAGUUCUCGAAGAAGGAAUGGCAAAACGGUAUGCCGUUUUGUGCCGGUUCAUUCAGUACACACCGACGGUGGUGAAGUGGGACUUUUCAGUUUCACCAACAUCAUCCGAUAGUAAAGCAAAUUCUACGACCUCAACACCUACUUCGCACAACGAGAAGUCGAAUCUCUCCUGCGGCGUGAAGAAAAAAGCCUUUGCGGUGGAGGAAAAAUAG